AUGGAUCGCAUUGAGCCCGCAGAAGAUGCGAAUGCCCGGGGAAGUCCCCCGGGCGACCAGUCCGGCCAGUCGACUCCAUCGAGGCCAGGUGUAUCGACGGUGCAAACGCCUGGACGUCCCCGGGCUUCUUCUGCGCGAUCGCGCCGACCGAGUAUCCGCAUUUCGCGCUUACCAUCCAUCCCGGCCUUGAACACCGAUAUCGUCAACAAUCAGCCGUCACAACCGGAACCUUCAUUGCAACCCCCCCUUCAGCGACAAGUAUCUAUCCGGUCUCCUCUCGCAGAAGAAGAUGAAUCGCCGCAAUCGGGUCGACGGCGCAGUAAUUCUGAGCCACGGCUUGGGCGCUACUCGGGGCCUUUCGCUGAUGGCCAGUCGCGGGUGGCGACUCCUGGGUAUAUGGUGCCCGUGACCGAAGAGUCUUCCCGGAGCGCAUUGCCCACCCCGCAGCCAUCUGGCGCCCCAGAGGUUGAGCCUGGGAUGCUUGUACCGGUCGGGGCCGAAGAGCCUCCCGUGUCGCGUCCUGUUCACCGGAGUAUGCUGCGACGGGGAAGCCAGGCGGCGCUAAAGCCAUUUACCCGAAACCGGGCCUCCACUGUGACCGGGGCCCCGCAAGAAACGUCCAUUGCGAAUCAAGAGCCGGGAAUCAACGAGUACAGCAAUCAUGUAGUUGACGUGCUGGAUGUUAUUGACCCGGAAGUCUCCGCUCUCUCGACUCUAACCAAUGUUCAGAAUUCACUUUUCAUUCCAAACCUGGGUGGUUGGAUCAACCGUAUGCCUACCUAUACCCUCACUCGACCACCACCUUCAGAUGAAGAGCAAGGCACCAGCACGGAUGAAGGUGAGCGGUCAGAUGACUCCAAGCAACGUCCCACUUUGGAACAGCUCCGCCCAUUUUCGAGCAUGUCAUCCGUGCUAGCGGGACCACGAUAUGCUGUUCUCCCGGAAGGCCACGAGUUAGCGGGGUGGACCAAGGAGGACUUUGCUGAGUUGAAUGACCAUGUGCGGCAUAUGCUUCACUCCCGCCGAUCUAAGUUCAAGCGGUCCAUGAAGGGCUUUGGACAAUACAUUCGGAAACCCCUGGGAUUCCUCGUCACUCUCUAUGCCACCCUGAUCACUUUGUUUGGUCUAGCUUGGGUUCUCUUCUUGAUUGGUUGGAUCAAUGUUGCUGGCAAGCAAUCCUAUCUUAUCAACAUCAUCGACAACGUUCUAGUGGGUCUCUUUGCCAUCAUGGGUGAUGGACUUGCCCCCUUUCGAGCUGUCGAUACAUACCACAUGAUUUUCAUUGCGCAUUACACUCAUAAAACAUGGGAUAUUCGUGAUAAACGCAAGCUGCCCGACCUCAAAGACAAGAACGAUCUCCCCGCUCGACCUGAGAAGGACGUGGAUGUUGAAUUUGGCGACACGCCCAAGGAGGAAGAGCAUGAGUUCACUGUUCUUGAAAAGGCGCAACAACUCAAACUGAUGCACCACCAAAACAAGUUCGCCAAAUCACACACUUUCUAUAAGCCCCAUGAGACUAUGACCCACCACGCCUUUCCAAUGCGCAUGCUCGUCGCUAUUGUCGUUAUCCUCGAUUGUCAUUCGCUACUCCAGAUGGCUCUCGGUGCCUGUACCUGGAGUAUGGAACCGCCCAAACAUCGGCCGUUUGCUUUGACUACCGUCAUUCUGUGUUGCUCUAUCACCUGCAACAUCACAGGUGGUAUAAUGAUUAUGAUCGGUGACCGAAUGACGCGAAAGAAGGAUAUCGUUGAGCGCCUCUUCCGACAGCAAUUGACCGAAGAAGCUAUGAAGAAGAUGGAGAAGCGCAAGGUCAAAGAAGAGCGACAGAGCAUGCAAAUUGAUCAAGAGCGUCGCAGCAUGCAUGUGGAUCGCCCUGAAACAUCCGUUCCCGUUUAA